AUGAAGCGACUCAUCCGCCGUCUCGCCCGCGUCUCCCACGUUUCUUCUACCAAUUAUUGCCUCCUCCGUUCCGAUACCACCUCUCGACAUGGCACUGCUUGUUCGUUGAAGAAGCAAGCGCGGCGGUCCGUCCCCGAGGGUCACGUGCCCAUUUACGUAGGGGAAGAGAUGGAGCUGUUCGCCGUGAACGCCCAGUUGCUGAACCACCCGGUUUUCGUCGCGUUGCUGAAUAAGUCGGCUCAGGAAUAUGGUUACGCCCAGAAAGGAGUGCUUCAUAUUCCGUGUCACGUGCUGGUUUUUGAGCGAGUGAUGGAAGCAUUGAGACUCGGAGGCGCGGAGUCACGUGAGCUCUGGGAUCUAGUCGGUUGUUUCUCCGACGACUGCUUUUUGAAUUACUAGGAGGAAGAGCAUU